GUGUAAUUCUCACAAUUUGACUUGCCAUGGCAACUCUGUUCACAUAAAAAUAUUGAAUGCUUCGUUCGGUAUAAAGAAUAACGAUCGCUGUUGGACGGGAGUACUUUGUCAAACCACUUACAAUAUGUGUUGUUCUCUAAAGACAUCUGAUUUGUUUGUUUUAUACAAUACCAGCCAUAUGCUAAAUUUGACUCGGAAAUGUUCUGACAGACGUCAAUGCAUUUUCGCUGCUCCGCGGACUACGCGCAUCGUCAAUGGAGGUACUAAGAAAAUAUCUAGCUAUUCAGUAGUCCACUACUCGUGUUUUGCUGAAACAACAAAUGAAGCACCUGCAGCAUCAGGAUAUAACGUUGGAGCUAUCGUAGGUAGUGUGAUCGCUGUUAUUGUUGUUGCUGCCCUUGUAGUUGUAGCUGGAUUCUUCUGGUACAGACGUCGGCAGAAGGACCGCACUGAACCUAGAUCAGACAGACAGGUCCCGGCCAUAUCAAAACCUACAGAGCCUUACAUGAUCAACGGCAUUUACGUCCAAAACACGGAAACAGACGAUUACGCGCGGAUAGACGAAAAUAAGCUGAACGAGACUGCCGCGGUUGUGUCCCCUUAUGAAACUGCAUCAGCAGAUGAAUUUGCCAAGGGAGGUAAAGACGACCAGGAUCGAGAGACAGAAGAGGGAUACACGUUAGCCAAAGAUGUACCAGACGUUAGAGCGAGUCCAGGUGAGGUGAGUGCAUCAGCAGAUGAAUUUGCCAAGGGAGGUAAAGACGACCAGGAUCGAGAGACAGAGGAGGGAUACACGUUAGCCAAAGAUGUACCAGACGUUAGAGCGAGUCCAGGUGAGGAGAGUGGUAAGGGGCAAAACCGCAUCGCAGUUGACGCCGGUGAGGAGGACCAGUACAACCGAAUUACUUUCCAGCCAGCAGAAGUUCGUCCGCAACCCAAUUAUAGUCACGUGGUCGGUUCGGGCAAACAGGAAAACGAGGACCCCGACUACGACCAUUUUGAUACUAAUACCGGGCAUGGACGUAAUUAUAUAAUUGAUGAUUAUGACGUCACCCAUAUCUGAAACCACACUGCUACCGAUGCGGUAGAAGACCACGGUUAGACCAGCUUCUGGGGCGGUGCUUAUAUAACACUUUUAGAGUCCAGACUCGAUCUCAAAUGAUGUCACGCGCAUGCAGUUUGUAAUGGCAUUGUCAUGACAUUAAUGUCUCAGACUCUAUUAGAGUUUUGAGUUUAGACUCUAAACGUUUUAUAAGCACCAGGCAUGGAAUGAUAAAUGCCCACCUAUAUGCUUUAAAAUAAAGAUAUAUACAGGCGUUUUGAAUCUCGAUGAACUAAGAAAAAUUUACAUAAUUAUAAACAGGACUCGUUUCAAAUAUUUUGAGAUAAUGUUUUGUGUCAGUAUAUAUAUAUAUAUA